AUGCUUGUGCUUGCUAUCUCUACGCUUCUGGGGUUGGCUGCAUGCCGCCCUUCUAAUCCUUUCGUUUCCAAACAUGGAAAUACUACCGACCUCAUUGUCACUACAGUCCCAACGCAUGUGCGCCCUUACAUUGUGCGUGCCUACUCGAUCGAUGGCCUGCAACUCGGUCCACAAGUGUAUCGCUUCCCCGUCACGGGUGAAUCAUCCGGCGGCGCAUUCAGCAUCAUCAGCACUGCCGCAGCGCAGAGCGUCAACCUAGGUGUCAACCCACAUGCGCAUCUGACUCACUACGAAAACUUCUAUUGCCUACGCGGUCGCGCUGCUCUCUGGGCUUCCAAGGAUGACAAAACCUCCGCUCGCAUACUUACCGCAGGCGACUAUGGCGCGGUACCACACAACACGACGCAUACAUUCCAGAUGCUGGACCCCUUCGUGGAACUUACCGGCGUGAUACAGCCAGGCGGAUUUGAGAAGUUCUUCUACUGGGCCAGCCAGGAGAACUACACAUCCGCGUUUUCCGCUCCGUUUGACAGCACCAUGGCCAAUGCUACAACACCAGCCUUGAGCGGCGACGUUGCAGAUAUCUUGAUCAGUUAUGAUGUCCACUCGACGUCCGACUUCACGCCCCCGACCAACUUUGUCGACGGUGUCGUUGAGCUGGGUAACAGCACGCCUGCGGUAUGGCACAACGGCGCGAACACCCUCGCUGAGGAUGCCCAAACACCGUUCAUGGUCGCGAAGGGUUACGGACCGAAGUACCUUGCUGGCAACUCAUCCACCUACAUGAUCGUGGAACCGUUCGUCACCAGCAAACAAUCUGAUGGCAACUUCACCCAGGGAACGAUCACUCUAUCGCAGCUCGGCCAGACCAGUCGCCCGACGACGUACACGCUGCCGAACCACACGGCGUUGGAAAUCGUCGAUGGGUUGGUGAACGUUAGUGUGGAUGGGUUUAAGGGAACUUUCUCAUUGGUUAUCGGCGAUGUGCUGUUCGUGCCUGGAGGCACCGCAUUCAGCUUUUGGGGCGCGGCGGCGUACUCCAAGGUUAUGUAUGUUGGUGUCGGAACGGAUACGUUGGACUCGAGGUUGAUUGCGGGGGGCAAGUCAUGGGACUCUGCCAUGUUUCCCAUUUCGUAG